CGGUGGGGCACGCCCCUUCAGAAGCUGUUGUUCAAGACAAUCUAGUUUUGUUUCCUAAACCUCGUAAGUCACUUAUGAAGUUUCUUGUUCAAAAAUUGCAGUACUGCAAUGAAGAAAAGGAGAAAGGUUACUUCAAAUCUUGAUGAGAAGAUCCAUCUAGGCUAUCACAAAGAUUCUUCAGAAGAAAAUGCUGCUGUGGAGUGUGGCCAAGUGACCUAUACUCAGUCUGCAGAAAGACCAACUCCUGAAGCUCUUCAGUGUUACCAAGAACUUCCUCCCUCUCCAGAUCAGAGAAAGCUUUUGAGUUCUUUGCAGUAUAACAAGAAUUUGCUGAAGUAUUUGAAUGAUGACAGGCAGAAGCAGCCAUCUUUCUGUGAUUUACUUAUCAUAGUAGAAGGGAAAGAAUUUAGUGCGCAUAAAGUAGUGGUUGCGGUUGGUAGUAGUUACUUUCAUGCGUGUUUGAGUAAAAAUCCAAGCACUGAUGUCGUCACCCUGGAUCACGUAACACAUUCAGUUUUUCAGCAUUUGCUUGAGUUUCUUUACACGUCAGAAUUUUUUGUGUACAAAUAUGAAAUACCUCUUGUUUUAGAGGCCGCAAAAUUUUUGGACAUUAUAGAUGCAGUAAAGCUGCUGAAUAAUGAAAACGUUGCUACUUUUCAGGCAGAACUAACUGAAAAGUCAUCUCCAGAAGAAACACUAAGUGAUUUAACUGGAAGACUGUCAAAUAAUCAUCAGUGCAAAUUUUGUAGCCGACAUUUCUGCUAUAAAAAGUCCUUAGAGAAUCAUUUAGCUAAAACUCACAGGUCUCUGUUAUUGGGGAAAAAACAUGGGUUAAAAAUGCUGGAGAGAAGCUUUUCUGCACGAAGAUCAAAAAGGAAUAGGAAGUGUCCUGUAAAGUUUGAGGACACUAGUGAUGAUGAACAGGAAAGUGGGGGUGGGUCAGACAGUUUGAAUCAAGAAGGUUUUGAUAAGGAGAAGUCAGAUAGGAAUGAUUCUGAGGAUCCUGGAAGUGAAUAUAAUGCUGAAGAUGAUGAGCUAGAGGAGGAGAUGUCAGAUGAAGACUCUGAUACUGAGCAGAGUGAUAAAGAUAACGAUGUGGAAGAGGAACCCGAGGCCGGCGAUUCAGCAGGAAGCAUCCACGAAGGGCUAGCUCCGGUAAUCAUUCAGAACAGUAAUAAGAAAAUACUGCAGUGUCCCAAAUGUGAUAAAACUUUUGACCGAAUAGGGAAAUAUGAGAGCCACACCCGUGUGCACACAGGUGAGAAGCCUUUUGAGUGUGAUAUUUGUCACCAGCGUUAUUCGACCAAGUCUAACUUAACUGUCCACAGAAAGAAGCACAGUAGUGAAGUAGAGUUCCACAAGAAGGAGCACAAGUGCCCUUACUGUAAUAAGCUCCACGCAAGCAAGAAGACCCUAGCCAAGCACGUCAAGAGAUUUCAUCCUGAAAAUGCACAAGAAUUUAUUUCCAUCAAGAAGACUAAAAGUGAAAGUUGGAAAUGUGACAUUUGUAAGAAAUCUUUUACUCGAAGACCACACUUGGAGGAACACAUGAUUCUGCAUUCACAAGAUAAACCUUUUAAGUGUACCUAUUGUGAAGAGCAUUUCAAAUCCCGAUUUGCACGGUUAAAGCAUCAGGAGAAGUUCCAUCUGGGUCCCUUUCCAUGUGAUAUAUGUGGUCGUCAGUUCAAUGACACUGGAAAUUUGAAACGCCAUAUAGAAUGUACUCAUGGUGGCAAAAGAAAAUGGACUUGCUUUAUUUGUGGAAAGUCAGUACGAGAAAGAACUACUUUGAAAGAACAUUUGAGAAUACAUAGUGGAGAAAAACCUCAUCUUUGUAGUAUCUGUGGGCAAAGUUUUCGUCAUGGAAGUUCAUACAGGCUUCACCUAAGAGUACAUCAUGAUGAUAAAAGAUACGAGUGUGAUGAAUGUGGAAAAACAUUUAUUCGCCAUGACCACCUAACAAAGCACAAAAAAAUACAUUCAGGUGAGAAGGCUCAUCAGUGUGAAGAAUGUGGAAAGUGUUUUGGUCGAAGGGAUCAUCUCACUGUUCAUUACAAGAGUGUGCAUCUGGGAGAGAAGGUGUGGCAAAAAUAUAAAGCAACAUUUCAUCAAUGUGACGUUUGUAAGAAGAUUUUCAAAGGAAAAUCAAGUCUGGAAAUGCAUUUUCGGACACAUUCAGGUGAAAAACCAUACAAGUGUCAAAUUUGCAAUCAGUCUUUUAGAAUUAAGAAAACUUUAACAAAACACCUGGUUAUUCACUCUGAUGCCCGACCUUUCAAUUGUCAACACUGCAAUGCAACAUUUAAGCGGAAGGACAAGCUGAAAUACCACAUUGACCAUGUUCAUGGGAUAAAAUCUCCUGAUGAUUCUCUCAGUACUUCUGAGGAAAAACUUGUGUCUUUGCCAACAAUAGAGUACUCAUCUGAGGAUAAGAUCUUUCAAGCAGAGACAAAACAAUAUCUGGACCAGCCCAAAGUUUAUCAGCCGGAAGCCAAGACUAUGCUACAGAAUGUGUCUGCAGAAGUAUGUGUUCCAGUAACAUUGGUUCCAGUUCAAAUGCCUGACACAUCCAGCGAUCUGGUGCCUCAUACCACCACACUUCCCCCAUCAUCCCAUGAGAUUCUGCCACCACAGCCGCAGCCAACUGAUUAUCCACGGGCAGCAGAUUUAGCUUUUCUGGAAAAAUACACUCUUACUCCUCAGCCUGCAAAUAUAGUUCACCCAGUCCGACCUGAACAGAUGCUAGAUCCUAGAGAACCGUCUUAUCUUGGAACAUUAUUGGGCCUUGAUAGCACAACUGCUGUCCAGAAUAUGUCCAGUAGUGAGCAUCGCUCAUGAGUAAACAUUCCAUAGACCUUGAUGCUUGUAUGCUGACAGCCAGAAACUACUGGCUUUUCAAUUAGUAGGGCUGCUAUUUUUUUUUUUUUCAUUUUUUUUUUUCUAGUUUCUCAAGUCUUCAGAACAGCUUCAAAUCAAGAAAAGUUUAUUUCUAUUGACUGAAUACUUGGACACAUUUUGUCAUAAUAUUUGAAGUAUGAUUUUUUAAAAGAUUAUUUAGUACUAAUUUUGAAUGGAUUUUUAAAUUUCAGAUUAUUAGCUGCUGAAAAUGGUGGAGGUAUUUUUUAAAUCAUCAA